CCGGAUAGCCUCGCAUGCUAAUUAGCCCUGUUAAUCUGGCCUCACUAUCCUGCAGGCCCACGAAGUUCGCUUUGAUCCUUGUCGCCGAAAUGAACCGGUAGAUAUAAUCCAUCACAUCGUACAUUCUGCAAUCCCAAAGAUCCGAGAUUCAAGAACAAUAUUAAUGUCUCCUCAUCAUUGGAAGAAUCCCCGCCCACCCUAGUAGGCUUAGAACAACAAACUCGCAGCAAUAUCUACAUUCCCACCCGCCGCACCCAACAUACUGAUCGCCACCUCCCGCGAUACGCUAAGUCCCAUGAUCAACUCGAUAGCAGAAUCUGGGUGUCAUGAUUGGGCAGCGGCGGGACGCACCGAUGGAUGUGGCGUAGGCGCCGAACCCAGCGUGUUUUCUCCACCUGGGAACGACGAGCUGCUGGUCCCAGCGCUUCUACCACCACUCGUUCGUACAGGCUGCGGAGUGUUACUGGAAGAGCUUGAGGUAGAUGCGAUGGGAUCGUCCAUAGAAAUGGGAUGGAUAACAAGCGACGAAAGGGUUUGUGUGGCACGUAAAUUCAAAUUCAAACUCGAGAUAGUUGUGGCUGUCGUCAGGUUUCGAGCGACGUUCCAAGGAUAUUACGAAGUGAUUAUAUGCCGAGCUUUGGAUUCAGCUAAAAGGCGAGUUGAUCCAACACGGGAGUUAGCGAUACCACUGCACCUACGACUGCGUAUGGUCUUGGCUAGCGAUACAUCAAGUUCGAAAUCGCUUGUCACUAGCGGUUUACUGGGAGGGGUACCCGACACGGGGAAUGCCAAAGUCGACUGGAAGGUGUUGGGCAGGAAGGUACCUGAAGAGAAAGUAGAAGUAUCGUUAUCAACCAGCGGGAAAAGCCCACGAAAGAGAAGUAGUACACUCCAGAAGGCGCUAAGCGAUUUUCAGGACAGACUGGAAUUUAUAUUUUUUGCUCACGGGUAUAUAUCGAUCAGGAUUGAAACGCUGCGCGUCGAACUUAUCCACUCAAUCAUAUCUGCCUUGGCGCCUCCAGGGUCCGAUAAUGAACGAGACUACUAUCGGGAGAUGACGUCAGCUCAGCUUGACUGGUAG